AUGUCGAACAGACAAGAUCACGGGCUAAAGGAACACGGUCUGUCGGACGACGCCGUUGAAGCCGGCCAUGACUUCAUACACGACGCAGAGGUAGAGGAAGAGAGAAGACACAGUGGAGACCAGAACACAAUGCCGUCCAUGGCUUCGCAACAGAAGAAAGGAGUGAGCCUCGAGGGGGUGCAGCAGAGUAAUCCAUUAGGAGAGGACAAGGCUGGAAAAAAGAUGUGA